UACAGGUAAUGUACAGGACAGGGGGUGAUAUAUCGGGUAUGAUACAGGUAAUGUGUGGUGGUGACUGGGACGCUGAGGUUUAUCUUUUAAAAGGAUAUUUACUUUUUUUCUCAUUUGCUUUCUUUCAUAUCCCCCAGGUUAUCCAGUAUCAGACUGUCAGAUAUGACGUCCUCCCCCUGUCCCCUGCCUCCCGGAACCGCCUCAACCAGGUGAAGAGGAAGGUCUUGGUUCUGGACUUGGAUGAGACGUUGAUCCACUCUCAUCAUGACGGAGUCCUGCGGCCGACGGUCCGUCCAGGGACCCCCCCGGAUUUUAUUUUAAAGGUGGUUAUAGAUAAGCACCCGGUGCGCUUCUUUGUACAUAAACGGCCACACGUUGACUUCUUCCUGGAAGUGGUCAGUCAGUGGUACGAGCUCGUCGUCUUCACAGCCAGCAUGGAGAUCUAUGGGUCAGCCGUGGCCGACAAACUGGACAACAAUAGAGGCGUCCUGAGGAGGCGCUUCUACCGGCAGCACUGCACGCUGGAGCUCGGCAGUUAUAUUAAGGAUCUCUCUGUAGUCCACAGCGACCUGUCCAGCGUGGUCAUCCUGGACAACUCCCCGGGGGCCUAUCGAAGUCAUCCAGACAAUGCAAUUCCGAUCAAGUCCUGGUUCAGUGACCCCAGUGACACGGCUCUUCUCAACCUGCUGCCCAUGCUGGACGCCUUGAGGUUCACCGCUGAUGUCCGCUCCGUCCUGAGUCGUAAUCUUCACCAGCACCGGCUGUGGUGACGCUGAGCCCCUGUGUCCCUCAUCGCCUCCCCCUCUGCCUUACUCCCACAGCUGCAGACAGAGACUGUACCCCUGUCAUGAGGACGGACCCCGCAGAGCUCCCUCCUCUCUACCUCUAGGACACGGACCGCGGGGGAGCGUGAUGACAAAGACUCGAUACCCCCUCCACCCCUUUUUUUCAGGGGCUGGUGCAUAUGUGGGGACACCCAGGGGUCUGGUUUUUAAUUGUAGACUUUUCUUGUAUAAAGAGAAUUAUUUGAA